UCUCUCAUUGGUCAUAAAACCCGAAAACGUGGAGACGAAAAUUCAUUGGAAAACACCCACGAAAAUACCUGAAAAUAAGAAAAGGUGGACGUAGGCAGAACAAAAGCCGCAAAAGCUGUGGAGAAAGACAGCGGCAGCAAUGGCGGAGACUUCUCAUCUAACGCGAGUCGGCGGUUGUGCUCUCAGCUCCCCUCGCAGUAUUUCUCCUUCUCUCGCGAGGCCAUCUCUUUCUUCUCUUUCCUUCCGAAGUUCUACUAGCAGAGGCAACAGAAGCAGAGGUUUCAGCAUUCAUGGCAGAAGGAACGGCGGGGCUGCCGUGGUUCGAUCCAUGGCGGCUUCAUUUGGGUCGCGGUUGGAGGAGAGCAUUAAGAAGACGGUGUCGGAGAAUCCCGUUGUUGUCUACUCCAAAACCUGGUGCUCGUAUUCUUCGGAGGUGAAGGCAUUAUUCAAGCGACUUGGCGUGGAGCCGCUUGUUAUUGAAUUGGACGAAAUGGGUCCCCAAGGACCACAGUUGCAGAAGAUGCUGGAAAGGCUCACUGGACAAUAUACUGUCCCAAAUGUUUUUAUUGGUGGCAAGCACAUAGGUGGUUGUACAGAUACUGUAAAAUUAUACCGGAAAGGUGAACUUGAAGCUUUACUGUCUGAGGCUAAUGCCAUAAGCACUCAGAGCUAGUCACGUUGGAACAAUGUUGCCAGGAAUAUUGGUUCCCAUUGCCACUACGGCCUUUGUAACAUGAUAUGUUGUUUAUGCUCCAUAAAACCAAGUUUCUUGAUUAAUAUUAAUUUGAUGCCAUGUUGCAGAGCUGAUGGUUAUAUAUAUUGAAUCCAUUUGAUUAAGCCAUUGUGAAUUGAUCCUUUCAUGGAUCCAUGUCUUUUAAUCAUGAUCUCAGCAGCAACCUGAAAACUUGCUGCUAAUUUCUCUA